UUAAAGUCACAGUUAGAAAGGACUUCCCAAGCAGAUAAAAAGGCCGAACUGACAACGAAGAUAGAUGCGAAGAUUAAGGCUACCGCUGGGGCAACAUCCAUCCUUAUAAUAACCGCCAUCCUUGGCAAGUUUUCUACUUGAAAACGAAGGAGCCAAGGAUCUUCUUCAAGCACCUCCCAGUGAGUUGUUUGCGAUGCGAGGGUUCGGUAGCUGCUCUAAGAAGUUACAGGAAAUUGAGAAGGCGGAGCAACGGAUUCAAGAAGUAGAGACAACACUGUUUAAGCUGCAGUCUAGGAUUCCCGAGUUUGCUUCUGCUGAGGGAGGUGGAGCGAAGCCACUGGUCACCAUGCUGAACGAAAUUUAUCUACUCGAAAAUGGUAGUACUAGGAGCGGUACUGGUGCUGUAGAAGGAGAAGGAGGAACAUCAAAUAACG